AUGUCUGUCCGCAGCGCCGCCGCCGGCCCCCCCUGGAGGAACCACAGCUUCAUUCUGGGGGGGGGCAGGGACCCUCCUCUGACCGACCAGGGCGAGACCAUCAUCGGAGUCUACCUGCUGCUGCUGGGUUGGCUGUCCUGGUUUGGAAACAGCAUCGUCCUCUUCGUCCUGUACAGACAGAGAGCCACCCUGCAGCCCACAGACUACCUGACCUUUAACCUGGCCGUCUCUGACGCCAGCAUCUCAGUGUUCGGCUACUCCAGAGGCAUUGUGGAGGUCUUCAAAGUCUUCCAGAACAGCGAAUACAUCAUCUCCUCCAUCUGGACCUGCGAGGUGGACGGGUUCUUCACACUGGUGUUUGGUCUGGGCAGCAUCCUCACACUGACAGUCAUCAGCAUCACCCGCUACAUCAAAGGAUGUCACCCGAGCAGAGCCCGUCACAUCAGCAGGACCAGCGUGUGCUUCUGCCUGCUCUUCAUCUGGAUCACAGCUGGGUUCUGGUCCGGAGCUCCGCUGUUCGGCUGGGGGAGCUACACAGAUCGUGGGUAUGGAACCUGUGAGAUCGACUGGGCCAAAGCGACCUACUCAGCCGUCUACAAGUCCUACAUCAUCUCCAUCUUCACCGUCUGCUUCUUCAUCCCGGUGUUCAUCAUGCUCUUCUGCUACGUCUCCAUCAUCAACACGGUGAAGAGAGGCAACGCCCUGUCCGCUGAGGGCGACCUGACCGACCGCCAGAGGAAGAUCGAGCGGGACGUCACCAUAGUUUCCAUAGUGAUCUGCACGGCCUUCAUCUUGGCGUGGUCUCCGUACGCCGUGGUGUCCAUAUGGUCGGCCUGCGGCUUCCACGUGCCCAACCUCACCAGCAUCUUCACCCGCCUCUUCGCCAAGUCCGCCAGCUUCUACAACCCGCUCAUCUACUUCGGACUCAGCUCCAAGUUCCGCAAAGACGUGGCGGUCCUGCUACCCUGCACCCGCGACGCCAAAGACACCGUCAAGCUGAAGCGCUUCAAGCCGAAGGCCGAUGCCCACGCCCGGCCCGCCGCAGGGGGCGGAGCCAGACUCAAAGUUCCUCUGAACUGGCCAGAAAAGAAGUACUCGCCCGGGAACCAGCCUAACCUGGUCCCCAGCCCGGACUCCGGGAUGGGAAGCCCGCCCUGCACGCCGCCACCCGUCAACAAGGAGGUGUUCUACAUCGACAUGCCCCGCCCCUCUGAGCCCAGCUUUGAGUCUGAAUGUGAGAGGCUCUGA